AUUCUUUGUAAAAGUAAAACCACUCCAAAUGCACGGCGUAAAUUAUUUUUGGCUGCUGUCAGCACCCGUACCGUAAUUGCUUAAUGAGUCACGCAAGAAAAUCCGGCGGCUAGCUUGACAAGUUAGUCAAGGCAUACGUUGACACAAGCUGAAGUAUAGUUUUAUUUAUCUAUAAUUUGACCGUUUUUCGUGAAUGUUGUGAUUCAGCAUGGCUUCUCUGAGGUCAGUGCUGGCUCACUCCACCAAGGUGAUAACGACACUUAAACAGCAGGCUAAUGUCAUUUACAUCAAGAGGACGUUGUUGCUGUCCAGACUGACUCUCUUCAAACGUGCAGACGGCAGGUUCACUAACUUGUGGCGACAAUCCAGCUCUACGACAGUCACGGAGCAAGGAGAAGACUCUUUUCUUAAAUGGUUCCUGCUGCUCAUCCCUGCCACCACGUUUGGCCUCGGCACAUGGCAGGUGAAACGGCGUCAGUGGAAACUGCGGCUGAUUGAUGAUAUGACAAGACUCACGACUGCAGAACCUAUCCCUCUCCCUCUUAAUCUUGAUGAGCUGAAUAAGCUGGAGUACAGAAGGGUGACUGUGCGUGGACGGUUCGACCAUUCAAAGGAGCUGUAUAUCCUGCCCCGCUCACCAGUGGACCCAGACAAAGAGGCUAGAGAGGCAGGAAGGCUGUCUUCAAGUGGAGAAAGUGGCGCGAAUGUCAUCACCCCAUUCCACUGCACUGACCUCGGCAUCACAAUCCUGGUGAACAGAGGAUAUGUGCCAAAACUGAAAAUAAGACCAGAGACCAGGAUGAAAGGACAGGUGGAAGAUGAGGUGGAAGUGGUCGGGGUCGUCAGACUGACAGAAGCUCGUAAACCCUUCAUUCCCAAAAAUGACGAGGAGAGAAACCACUGGCACUAUAGAGACCUUGAGGCCAUGAGUCGUAUCACUGAAGCUCAGCCCAUCUUCAUUGAUGCAGACUUUGGGAGCACCAUUCCUGGUGGACCAGUCGGUGGACAAACUAGGAUCACACUGAGAAACGAACACAUGCAGUAUGUCAUAACAUGGUAUGGCUUGUGUGCAGCGACCUCCUACAUGUGGUAUGCAAAGUUCAUCAAGAAGAUAAAAUUGUGAUGAUUAAAAGCGGUGCAAAAUCAUGACUGUUUAAAUUGAACCAAAUUUUGAUUUGGACUCUGUUCCAGCUUGCUGCAUACAGUCACUAACUAUUUUGUAUAUAGUAGUGAUGUGUCCUACUGAAAUAAAUGAUCUUCUGUUGCA